UGGGCGAGUAUAAAGGUCUCGGGGGAGUUCUAGCUGAUGCCGACCUUUCUUACCUCUUCUCUACUCUUGCUUUUGCUUCUUUUUACAUAUCCAAAUCGUCCUUAGCUCCACACCAGCCUUUCCCUCUCUUUGAUACUUCAGGACACCACAUCAAACUCUUGGUUAUUUCUUGUUGAGCUUUUUUUUUUUACCGAUAUAACCUCUUGACACACAUUACACAAACAGCUAUAAAUGAUGGCUACCACAUACACACAUCUUGCCGUCGCACCACGGCACAAGCGCAAGGGGAUCCCGAUGCGGUCGCCGUGCCGCCGGGACAUGCUGGAGGCGCCGGGCGUGGUGUUCCGGUUCCCCGACAAGAUCAGCGUCCCCCUGCAGGACCCAUCUGUCUUGCCGCACCAGGCGUCGGGCUCGCCGAUUGAGGCGGUGGCCGAAUCAUCGGCAAUGGACCUGUGGCCGUCGGCUGCGGGGCUGCCGCCCUUGAGCGACGGCGCCAAGGCCACGGGAGCAGCUUUGCUUGCGGCGGCAGCGGCAGCCGAUCCGCUGUCGUCGCACGUGGAGGCCAGCGUGAAGCAGCCGGCAGUGCACAAGCCGUCGGCCACCAACGUGCUGCACUACCCGGAGCUGCUGAGCGACCUGCGCGACCACCUGGCGCUGAUCCAGCAGGCAAUGUGCCAGUCGGGUAGCGAGAGUGAUGCGCACGAGACCACGCCGCGUCCCCCAGCCGAGCGCCGCAUCCGCGCGCCCCGCCGCACCGCGCGCCCGGAGCAGGCCAAGCGCACCGGCCUGCGGGCGCCCUCGGGCUCGCCUAUGGCCGACUCGGCGGUGAGGACGUCGGGGCGGUCGCGCUCGGAGCUGUCUGAGCACGAGGCGGCGGCGGCGGUGGCCGGCCUGGCCAGCAUGGCAGCAGUGCACCGGCGGCAUUCGGUGGGGGCGAUCCUGGCGCACGACGACGAGGUCGUUGAUAUCGAAGGGUCGGCAGAGCCUGAGCAGGCUGCCAAGCCGCCCAAGACUGCCAAGCGCAAGCGCGAGGAGCGUGCAACGUCGCCGGCCAAGCGCGCAAAUAGCAGCGGCGGGCGGCGGUGCUGCGUGUCAUGUGGGGUCAAGGAGACCCCGUGCUGGCGGCCCGGGUGGAUCGACGGCAUGAACCUCUGCAACUCGUGCGGCCUGCGCUACAAGAAGGGCAAGGUCUACUGCGCCAGCUGCUGCUAUGUGCCGAUGAAGACCGAGAUCGCGACGGGCGGCGCCGUCGUCUGCAAGCGCUGCUCGGCCAGCGUCCAGUCCGCCGCCCACUUCCGCCACGUAUAACCCCUCUUACACUUAUCUUGUACUUCUUACUUGUCCGUGCUGCUGGCCCGCCACCCCUCCCCACCUCGA